UUGCAUCGUGGAUGCCAGACGAGAGAGGCUGCAUUGUUGCGGAUUCCGAGAGGUUGAUGUUGGUUGGAGCGAGCGCUCCCUGGUGGCCGUGACCGCGAGAAGAGAGAACAGCAGCAGGAGCAGGAGCAGGAGCAGGAGGAGCAGCGUGCGAGUGAGUGGAAGCGGAGGAGGGGGAAUGGCGGUGCUGGUGGAGGCAGGGGUGGUAGUUGGGUGCGCGGCCCAGCUGGCCCAGACUGUCGCCUCGUCGCUCUCGGCGUCGAGCUCCAAUGCGCCCCGCGUGGUGGGCAUGGGCGUGCGCUGCCUGCCCGUCGCUCGUGGCCUCCGAAUCGACGCAUCCAGGACGAAAUUGGCGUCGCUGGGCCCUUCGCAGAGCUCCGUCCGGGCGCAGAGGAGAGGGAUUGUCUGUGAAGCCCAAGAAACUGUCACCGGAGUGGCAGGAGUUGUCAAUGAAACCACAUGGAAGGAACUUGUAUUGGAAAGUGACAUCCCCGUACUGGUCGACUUCUGGGCACCCUGGUGUGGCCCCUGCCGCAUGAUUGCCCCUCUGAUUGACGAAAUAGCGAAGGCGUAUGCUGGCAAGGUGAAGUGCUUGAAACUGAACACAGAUGAGAGCCCUGGCAUUGCUACAGAGUACGGCAUUCGUAGUAUUCCCACCGUCAUGGUGUUCAAGGGCGGAGAGAAGAAGGAUACUGUCAUUGGAGCUGUGCCCAAGUCUACAUUGACCUCAACUCUAGAAAAGCACUUGUAGUAAGUAUGCAACGUGUUGAUACAUUGGUGGAGGGGACUUAUGUUCGGAAUUUUUAUUACAAAUAGUUGUGUAUGUUAACUUUUAUAGAAUCAAUUGAGUUAAUACUUUCACCCUCAUCCUCAUUGUGAAUAGUCUGGCAUUGGAUCAAAUCUUCAUUGAAUGCCAUGACUGCUUAAAUUGUAAUGGGAAACGGCUGGGAUCCACUGGCGUCAUUUUUUCAUGCCA